AUGACGAACAACAUAAAAGUAGCAAUCCGAGUCAGGUCUCUUAUCAAGGGAGAAAAAGAGGAGAAUUUGUCCUUACAAUGGGUCACUGAAGAAAAUAAUACUGUAGUAGCUACCGUUCCUGAAUUCAGAAAGCGAUCUGACGGUAGAUUCGAGUUUAAUCAUGUUUUUGAUACAGACGCCAACAACAACGAUAUAUUUGAUGUUGUAAAGCUUAUUGUUGAUGCUGCUGUAAAUGGAUUUAAUGGCACAGUGUUCGCUUAUGGACAGAUAAGUUCUGGUAAAACUUGUAUCAUGAGUACUUUGGAAGAACCUGGCAUAAUAACUCUGGCUGCCAAGCACAUAUUUUCCGCCAUAACCGAUAUUCCAGGAAGGGAGUUUUCAUUAAGUUACAACACAAUGACAUUAUUGCAGACGAUUGAAAGUCAUGAGGCUGGUGCAGGUUCAGAUGGUGUGGCACUAGUCUUCCAAUUAAAUAUGGUCGAUUUAGCUAGCUCAGAAAGAGCUAGUCCGACAGGUGCUGCUAGAAAAUGUCUCAAGAAAGGAUAUCUUAUUAACUUAUCACUUUCAACAUUGGCCUUAGUAAUAAAACAAUUGAGAGAAUCACAAGAAAAUGUACAUUUUCGAAACAGUAAUUUAACCAGAAUACUCCAAAAUUCGUUGGGUAGCAAUGCAAAGACAGUGAUAAUAUGUGCAGUAACACCAGUUGCUAUAGAAGGAACCCAACAGACGUUUACAUCUAGUGCUAGAAAUGUAAAAAAUUACCCUAAAUUGAACCAAGUUACAUCUGGCGACGUACAUCUAAAAGAAAUUGUGGAACAAAGGGCUUCAUUGCGCACAGAAUUAGAGAGAAUGAAACAGUCUACUCGAGAAACUGAUUUUCAAGAAAUGGAAUCUGAAAUGCAAAAGAAAGAUCGCAUUAGUCAGAAUCUAGAAAAACGUAUUACAUUAUUGCAACCUCAGAUCAUCACUGGCGCUAGUUGUAAUACUGAUAAAUCUGGUACUACUAUGGAUUCGUCAUUCCAAACAGCCUUUGCUGAUUUUAAGCUGGAACAUAGGAAUAGUGAAGAAAAAAUAGAGGUGCGAAACGUUCGUAUACAAACAGCUGAAAAAGCUGAAUUGCAAUGUAAAAUAAUAGAUCUUCAAAAUAAGCUAACAGAAGCAGAAGAACCGAUUAAUUCGUUAAAAGAUAAAUUAAACGAACAGGAAAAGAAAUAUCAAGAUUAG